CCGGGAAAUAUGCAAGUAAGCAUAAACAAGUCUAUGUUUAUCAGCUAUUAAUGUUAAAAAACCAAUAUACUUCAGCUGUGUUUAACACAUUGUCAACGAUCGGAUCACAAACAUGCACGACAUGAGUAGUGACAGCGAAAAUGACAGUGAAGGAGAGUGCUCAAAAGAAAUACAAAGAAAAUACAUCGACAGCAAUGACAAGUUGAAAGAUUUUGGAUGGGCCGAUCUGCCUCUUCGUCCAUACCAGCUGACAGGGGUGAACUGGCUGAUCGAAUGUUAUCAGAAAGGUCACGGUGCUAUUCUUGGAGAUGAAAUGGGUCUUGGGAAAACAUGCCAGACCAUAGCAUUCCUGACCUACGUAGACUCCAGAGCCAAGAAGUGGAAACCGAAUCUGAUCAUCUGUCCUAGAUCCAUAUUGGAGAAUUGGGUAGCCGAGCUCAAGAGGUUUGCCCCUGAUACAGAAGUACAGAGUUAUGUAGGGGAUAAAGAUGAGAGGAACGCCAUGGCUCAGAAGCUGCGGUCUCAAGUGAAGGCAGGCAAGCAGCCUUUCAACGUCCUUGUUACCACGUAUGAGCUUUGUAUGAAGGACACAGGGUUCAAUGGAUUCUUGUCUUCAAUGGACUGGAAAGUUGUAGUGGUGGAUGAAGCUCACCGUCUCAAAAACAGUCAAUCUUUGUUGUACACAACUCUCAGUAAUUGGAGUAUGAGACAUCGUGUCCUGUUAACAGGAACACCUGUACAGAAUAACCUGGAGGAACUCUAUUCUCUCCUUGGCUUCAUCUACCCCACUAGGUUCAGACUCUCUGGUCUGGAGAAAUUUCUUCGAAAGUUCAAGGACAUUGACCGUUCUAAAGGUGUGUCGGAGCUCCACGCCCUCCUCCAGCCUUACCUGCUGAGGAGGACCAAGGAGGGAGUACUAAAGGACCUACCCAAAAAAACAGAAGUUGUCCUCUACCAUGGUGUCUCAAAGCUACAGAAAAAACUCUACAAGGCGAUUCUCACCAAGGACCUAACGGUCUUUGAGACAAUGGCGAACUACUCAGGAGGAGGAGGAGGAGGAAGCCCGCGCCUGAUGAACAUCCUAAUGCAGCUCCGCAAGUGUGUCAACCAUCCCUACCUGUUCGAUGGUGUGGAGCCAGAGCCAUUUGUGUUGGGAGACCACUUGGUGGAGGCGAGUGGUAAACUGGUGCUGAUUGAUAAACUUCUGUGUCAUCUGAAACAGACUGGACAUAAAGUCCUCCUGUUUUCUCAGAUGACACACAUGCUAGACAUCUUACAGGACUACCUUGGUUACAGAGAUUAUAACUAUGAACGUCUGGAUGGAUCUGUAAGGGGAGAAGAAAGGUUUCUAGCAGUACAAAACUUCAACAAAAAUGAGGAAACUUUUGUGUUCUUACUAAGCACAAAAGCAGGUGGUCAGGGAUUAAACUUGGUGGCAGCUGAUACUGUGAUAUUUGUGGACAGUGACUUUAACCCUCAGAAUGACCUCCAGGCCGCGGCUAGGGCACAUCGUAUUGGACAAGUCCGACCAGUGAAAAUAAUGAGGCUGAUAGCAACUAAUACUGUUGAGGAGAUUAUUCUACGGCGGGCAGAGGACAAACUCCGCCUCACAGAGAAAGUCAUCGAGGAAGGACAGUUCACACUCGGGGCCAAAUCUCUCAUUACCAAUGACAAAGUAGGGCUUCAGGAUAUACUCAAGUUUGGUGUGGACAGCCUGCUGAAUGAGGAGGAUGCUGACGAACCUGAUAUAGACUUCACAAAGAUUCUAGGCCCAUCGAUCAAUGGCGAGUGGCAACCUGAUGAGGAACCAGAAGCCAAGGCUAGCCAAUCAGUAGAGAUGGAGGAGGGGCCGUCCAGUAUGUAUGAGUUUGAGGGUACAGACUACUCAAAGGAACCCACAGCUGACGACAUUAAGGCAUUUGAACAACUUUUAGCAGUUCAGAAACAAGUAUUGGAGGAAGACGAUGCAGUGGGGCGAUCCCGACGUGGUAAAAACACACAGUUGAUGGAACUUUUCCCGGACAGUACACGGAAACCAAGGAAACCAUUGACUCCUGAGGAACUGGAGGAAAGAAAUGCCAAGAGAAAAGAGGCAGCAGAGAAGAGAGCGAAGCUUGCUGAAGAAAAGAGAAUAAGGAAAGAGAAACAAAGGAUAAAACAGAGGGAAGCUAUGUGGAAGUCGGCAGGGUACAUAUCUUCAUGUGUACAGAUUGAAAGCGAUGAGGAGAAGGAGGAGGAAGAGAAUGGAGAGGAGGAGAUAUUUGAUAUCACUCAGGAAGAUGAUGGAGGAGUUACUAAGAAUACAUCUAUCAACUAUGUCAGCGGAGACGUGACACGUCCAGUUCAGACACAGACAUUGGUCAAUGUCAUUGUACAUUGUGCAGAUGACUCUGGAGGCUGGGGGCGUGGUGGUAUUUUCUCCGCGAUAGGACGACGCUCCACAGCACCACAAGAACAGUACGAGUUGGCAGGAGAUAUGGGAGAUUUGGCACUAGGGGAUUGUCAUCUCAUCUCCCUUGAUGAUAAGUUCACCCGAGAUGGAGAAGAAGACUGGUUGGGUCUGAUAAUCGGCCAGCACAGGGAUAAACACAACCACCUGUCUGGUAUAAAGUUGUCUGCCCUUCAGCAGGGUCUAAAGGCUGUUCAUUACCUCGCCAAGGCAAGGAAAGCCAGCGUACACCUGCCCCGAAUUGGACAUGACACACCUGGGUUUAACUGGUACGGUACAGAGAGACUGAUAAAGAAACACCUAGCAUCAGAAGGCAUUCCCACCUACAUUUAUUAUUAUCCUCGUAAACAACAACUUUUAAAGCGGAUAUCCUCAGAAGAAAGUGACCCACCUGCUAAAAAGAAGAAGAUAUCCAAUGUUAAUUUAAAGGAGAAUGAGAGUAAACUUCAUACCCUCCCAGAUAUCUUCCAUGGCGUCACAGCUUACCUGUAUCCCUCCAACAUCACUGCCGACCAGAUCAAAAGAUACCGUCGAUAUCUUGUGGCAUAUGAUGCCGAUGUUGACACUUCCGUAGGAGACAAGACCACUCAUGUGAUAGUCCACUCUAGCUGCUCAGCUGAGGAUAUGAAAUCGAUUGGGACACCAAAUGAUGCUGUAGUUGUAUCAGAAAAAUGGCUUGAUGAUAGUUUGAGGAAAGGGCGCUGCUUACCAUCACAAGAGUACUUGAUAGACAGAUAGACGGGGCUCUUAAUAACCUGUUACCCCAUAGAAUGACCACUUCCCAUCUUGAAUGAAGGGGAAACUGGUUGUAACCAUGGUCAAUUUGUGUGCUGUGGUGAAUACUAUAACUACUGUACAUCAGAGUUGAACCUGAUAAAAGGUUGAUCACUAGAACUUCUUUAACUAAUUUGAGUUGAUGAAUUUAGAUGAGAAUAAAAAUUUAGGUUAUCAACUAUAUUUUCCUAGUCCCUAAUAACAGGGGUAUAUUAUAGGUAUGACAAAGGAUUUUAGAGGUUUGUGACUAUAAAGUUUGAGGUAUACAUGUAUUGUACAGUUCAUUUUCAUUGUCCAACUUAUUUUACCAUCAGCAAAAAUUUCACAAAUUAUUACGUAGAAUAUCAUUUACUGCAAGUUCAAUACAUUAAAGUAACAUUCUUUUAAAUAUAGUGCACCAGUCCUUAUUGAUAAAUUCAAUUUUAAAUAAUUAUUGUACCGUGUUAUACUUUGAGUUAGAUUAAUUCUUAGUUAUUGUAUCAGUAAUUUUAAUCACUCAUGUCCUCUUCACGAUUUUACAAACUUAACGAUCUUCUCUGUUAAGGAGGCAGAAAACAAUCUUCUCUGUUAAGGAGGCAGACCCAUGUUAUUUUUUCUCUAAACUUAGAAACGAGUUAUUAGUAAAAUCUUUAUUGUUACCUUCAGAAAUACAAUUAGUUUAACAUCAAAGGCAGCUUAAUAUAUGCUGUUUUAAUUAAGGUACUGUAUAAAAGUUUUUUUAAUUAAAUUUUUUUAAUUAAUUUUUUUCACUUUUAAAAGACAUCACAAACCAUUAUGCAAUACAUACAAUAUUGACAAUACAUUCACGCUCAGCAUCUAGAUUGUAAGGUUUACAUCCUUUGUCUUCUUGUGCUGAUUAAAUAUCACAUUGGUAUUGUACUAUUUACUAAUAAUAAAAGGUUUACGCUAAGGAACCGUAUCAGUUUGACAAAAAGUGGUCUAAAAUUUGAACACGUACAAUCUCCCAUGAUGGAAAUUCCAAGAACUGCACAAGGUUAGUAAUGUCCAUUAUUGUUUACAUUGAUUGUUUUCGUACACAUUUUAUUCGUAGUAUCAUUGUGAUGUUUUUGUUUUAGUUAGGACUGUUGUAUGUUAGUUGUUAACUGGUAUUAAACAUUUUGUUCAGUUUUGGUACAUGCAUUUAAAGCAUUUCGUAGAUUAAGACACUUAACAAAUAUUGUACAGUAAAGUCAUACAUAUUGUACAGUAAAGUAAAAAUAGUAAUAUCAUUAGUAAGUAGAAGAUUUUUUAUUGUGCAAGUUGUACAAGUGAUUAAUAUCCAUCUGUCCUAGAACUAUGGGUACCGUCAAAAACUUUUAGUAAAUGCUGUUCCUGUCCAGAAGUAUUCAGCUCGACAUUGUCACGUUCUUUGAUGCCCUGAACCUUCAAUUCUGGAGAAUCAGGGUGCAUGGAAUACAAGCCUUUCAUCCAGUUUUGGUAUAUCUGUGGUUGAUGUCUUUUUCUGUGAAUUCUGUCCGCACAAAAUUUCUGAACUCUCUUAAUAAUAGCUAGGCAUGCUCUUCACCACUGGAUAAUUCUAUUGUUUUAAUUGCAACUUCUUGCUAGCAUAAUGUACUUGAAGGUCCUGGAAGGUCAUUCCCGUGUUCUUGGACUAGGAAGCUACAACUCCUUGGUCAGAGCAUGUGAUCUGAGAAUGUUCAGUAUAGUGUUCUGUUUUGCACGUCGCCGUUAUUUCAGAGCUCUUCACAACCGUUAUUGGAACCUGCCAAUAACCAUUUGUAAGGUCAGGCUUUGGAAAUUAUGAGAAAUGGGCAAGUCUGAUGAAAAUGCUCUCGGUGUUGGUCUCAAUUUAAUAAGUCUGGCAUCAAACUUUGUAACCAGUUCAGAAACUCUUGUUAUGCAUUUAACCAUAAUGGUGACCGGUACAAAUUACAAUAAAGUUGGCGGUUCUAUCACAUCCUAGACCUAGAUGGAAGUAGAAUUAGCACAUUGUCUUCUGCAUUGAAUUAUGUAAUCUUUGCCUUUUUGUUACAACAUUUCUUCAUUGGCCCACCAUUUUACUUAAGUGUUUGGUACUGUUUUAUUACUGUUCAUGAAGAAAUUAUCACUAUUUUGGAAAUUGAUUUUGUGGUCUAUUGUUUAAAUCUAUGUUUGAAGCUAUUACUCCAGGCUGAUAUAUUUGUUCCUUUCUGGAAAGAAAGGGACCAAGUAAAGAGAACAUAAUGCUUCACAAUGCAAACUAUUCAUGUUCAAGAAAUAGUUGUAAGGUCUGUUAAAAGCAAUCAAAAUGGUACAGAAAAAUUGUUAGUGCUUAGUUGUUACCCAAUCUCCAUGAAUAACACAUAUUUUUAAAUUGUUCAGUACAAAUAAUGAUCAGACUGUCACUGUAUCUCUAAUAGUCAUUGGCGAAUAAUUUUGAAGCCAUUGGCUAGCGAGGAUGAUGUCACCCAUUCGAAAUGUUAUAAAUUGGCAGCUUGUUGAAAUAGUCAUUAAUAUAUGUGUAUAUGAUAUGUAUAUUGUUUGUUUGUAUUUAGUGCAGUACUAUGUAGUGUCUAGAUUAUAAAUAGAUUUAUUUACUAACAGACUGUGAUAUUUUCUAUUUUGAAAUUUAGAAAUAAAUUCUUUUUUCCAAACGAA